AGCAGCUGCUAUCGUGGAGGCCGUUCGUAGGUGGAAACAUUAUCUAACAGGUAAACAUUUCAAACUAGUAACGGAUCAGAGGUCAGUAGCUUAUAUGUUCAAUUUGAAACGUCAUGGUAAGAUUAAGAACGAUAAAAUAAUGCGGUGGAGAUUGGAACUUUCUAUGUAUGAUUUUGACAUAGUAUAUAGAACAGGAGAAGAAAAUAUACCAGCGGAUACCUUAUCGAGAGUGAAGGUUAUGUCGCUUACACUGGAUAAACUUUUCGAACUUCAUAAAGCACUGUGUCAUCCUGGAGUAUCUCGCAUGAGUCAUUUUGUAAAAAGCCGAAAUUUACCAUUUUCGAUAGAAGAAAUUAAGCGCAUGACCGAAUCAUGUAGAGACUGCCGAGAAUGUAAACCCCAAUACUAUCGACCUGCACAGUCACAUCUGAUAAAAGCAACACAGCCGUUUGAAAGACUGAACCUAGAUUUUAAAGGUCCGCUGCCUAGUACGGACAAGAAACGAUAUAUAUUGACUAUCAUAGAUGAGUAUUCUAGAUUCCCAUUUGCGUUCCCAUGUGAAGAUGUUAGCGCUCGGACUAUUGUUGCUUGUCUAUCAGAAUUAUUCUCGGUUUUUGGUAUGCCUACGUACAUUCAUUCUGACCGAGGGUCAGGAUUUAUGAGUGCUGAACUAAAGAGUUUUCUCUUACAGAAGGGUAUUUCAAGUAGUAGAACAACUAGUUAUAAUCCUGCAGGAAAUGGCCAAGUAGAAAAAUUCAAUGGAACGUUGUGGAAAACAGUUUGCCUCGCUUUACGAUCGAAAAAUCUACCCAUUAACCACUGGCAAGAGGUGAUGCUGGAUGCACUCCAUUCGAUUAGGUCUUUGUUAUGUACGGCUACAAACGCUACUCCUCAUGAACGAUUAUUUUCUUUUCAACGUAAGUCAACGAGCGGGGUGUCUGUCCCUUCAUGGUUAGCUACACCAGGAAAGGUUCUACUAAAACGUCAAGCGAAAUUCAAAAUCUGGUUGAUGGUGCACCAACAAUUUCUCGAAAAUAGUACAAAAGCCAUCGAUAAUGCUGAAGAAUUUGAGGGUUUUAAACAGAAGAAGGAGACGAAAGAAAAGGGAAUUCAAUUAUUUAACAAGAAUCCAUCAAAAGGUAUAAAAUUCCUUCAAUCUGAAGGUCUCCUUGGUGAGACAGCAACCGAAGUCGCUCAGUUCUUACACACUGAUGAUACACUAGACAAGACUAUGAUUGGUGAGCUGAUUGGUGAUCCAGGACAAUAUGAACGGGAGAUAAUGUACGCCUAUAUAGAUCAGUUGGAUUUCACUGAUACCAAUCUUGUGCAAGCUCUGCGAUUGUUCUUACAUAACUUCUGGCUUCCCGGUGAGGCGCAAAAGAUCGAUCGACUCAUGGAGAAGUUUGCGAGUAGAUUCUGUGAAACGAACCCAAAGUAA